AUGUCGUCGGUUGUAGAGAAGAAGCCGCCGUCGGCGAAACGCAAGUAUCUGUUCUUGAGGCAUCGCGUUCGGACGACGCAUAUGACGACGAAGGCGUCGCGACGGACUGGCUCCGUGUGCUCGUCGAAUGGAGACGUUGUAAGUGCUGAAAUUGCCGGAUGGCUUAAUAAAUGGACGAAUUAUAUUCGCGGAUAUCGGCAGAGGUGGUUCGUUCUCGAUUCGAAUGCGGUUCUCAGCUAUUAUCGGUGA